ACCGUGUGAAACAUAGCUAGAAGAUGACUACAAUUCAGUGAACCUUAUAUACUACAAGUCUACAACUCACACAAACCAAACCUCAUCAACAGCGCAUUUAGCAACAAUUGACUCAUAAUAAUCUAUUUAGUUCUAUCGCUUGACUCUUCUCAUUAAAUUUGCCGGGUUCGUACGAUUUACGGAACGAUAUCUCCGGCGAUAAUUCUAACUCAAUUAUGGCUCCCUCGAGACAGAACCAGGCGCCUCCUUACGCCAAAGAUGAGAAGGUACUAUGCUUUCACGGUGACUUGAUGUAUGAGGCAAAGAUCAUGGAGGUUGCCGUCAAGCCGGGUCAGAAGCCUGAAGAUGCACAGUACCGGAUUCAUUACCGAGGUUGGAAGGCGAGCUGGGACGACUGGGUUUCUCAGGACCGCAUCCGCAAGUUCACCGAUGACAACAAGCAACUUGCUAGUCAACUCCAAUCCCAGGCUCGCAGUCGAACUCAGGGCCCCAAGGGAGGCAAGAAGGGUGUCAAAGCUAACGGAUCCGAGAUGAGCUCUGCUCGAGGUAGUGAAGAGCGGGUUGCCGGUUCCUCAAGCUUUGGCGGUAGAGGUCCCCGAAGAGGCAGAGAUUUUGAGCUUGAGAACGAAGACAAUUUUCACUCGCGUCCCACAAUCAAGCUUAUGGUACCUGAUAUCCUGAAAGCGAUUCUGGUCGACGACUGGGAAAACGUUACCAAGAAUAAUCAGCUUGUGCCGCUUCCCCACCCCCAUCCCGUCUCUAAGAUCUUAGCGGACUACGCCGAGUACGAGACACCCAAGCGCCCUGCAGGAUCAUCCCAUGUGGACAUACUCGAGGAAACGCUUGCAGGACUAAAGGAGUACUUCGACAAGUCCCUGGGCCGAAUCUUGCUAUACAGAUUCGAACGCGCCCAGUACGCAGAGGUGUUUAAGAAGUGGGGUUCUGAGGACCCCGAGUACCAGGGAAAGACAGCUAGUGACACCUAUGGCCCAGAACACUUGAUGCGUCUGAUAGUGUCCUUGCCAGAACUGGUGGCUCAGACCAAUAUGGACCAGCAGUCUGUUAACCGUCUUCGUGAAGAGCUCAUGAAGUUUUGCUCUUGGUUGUCUAAAAAUACGACUGAAUAUUUCGUGAGCCAUUACGAGUCACCGACUCAGGACUACAUUCAAAAGGCCAAGGAGUAGGAGCAUCUAUCCAGAAGAUUCUAAAAGAAUCAGGAUAGGGACUAGUGAUGCUAGGAUGGCUGCGAAUUUUCGGUGCCUUUUGGGGAGACACCAGGUGUUCGCGUCAUUUACAUGGGAGGCUGUAUUAGGUUCAUGAAAAUCCAGUGGAAGGAUUCUGUGCUUUUUCUCGGGACUAGGCUUUUCAGUCUGCAUAGCCUGGCGAAGGAUAUUGCUUGGUUGUUAUUUCUGUGCUUGUUCUUGAGUCGACUAGGCUUUUCAUUCUAAAUGACCUGGCAAAGGACAUACUACUACACGAUAGUUGAUUUACUGGCGUGUUGCCUCAUCGCUGGAGGCUUAAUACGAUUGCUUUCCUUCCUGCG